CUGCAGUUUUAUAACCGAUUUAGUGGCCAGUGAAUGGCCAGAUUGAUUCGACUGUGGCCAAACAAUGAUGGCGAUUUAUCUCGGAAUUGUGGUGGCUCUAUUUGCUUAUGAGGUGGCAGCCGGUGCUUCAAAUGCCCGUUUCUACAUCAGCGACGAUAAGAUGCCUUAUUUCACCGCUGUGCAUAUUUGCCAGUCCCUCAACAUGCGCCUACUUCGUCCUGAAUCCGGCUUGGACACUGUUUUCACAUCCACUGUGUUCCCUGAAGCUGUGGACUUUGCACUGAACGAAGCUGACGAGUUUGGCGAAAUGCGCAUGCAGUUCUGGUACCUAACCAGCCCAGAGCCAGGCCCUCAAUCCCUGUGCAACCAGAUCAGCGUGCUGUAUAGCAAUGGGGAAAGAACCCUGCAAACUGACCAGGACUUGUGCUUGGAACCCAAGCAGUUCAUCUGCGAGCGUCCCGGUCUAAGUAGAGCCCUUGUGAGCAACUUUGCAGUUUCUUCUGAACUUCCACUCAGCUUCAUGGAGGCGGCUAAAGCGUGCGGGGUACAUAAUAGUUACCUGGCAUAUGUGCGCAGCGAGCUGGAGAACCGGGAGCUGACUCAGCAGAUUAAGAGCACAACAGAUGCACAAAAGAGGCUCUUCUGGCUAGGGGGCGUCCACAUCAAAUCCAACCGCGACUUCCGAUGGUUCCCUUCGAAUAAGUACCUGGUUUACGCCAACUGGAAACAUAAUCGGACGCCCCCUAAAGGCGCUGGUUGCAUUGCGAUGGCCUUCGGCCAGGCGGACGUUUCGUCCCCUUGGGUUGGCCUGCCUUGCAACACUGAGCUUCCGUUUGUAUGCCGCAGCGCUCCUCCAAAAAAAACCUCCCUGCAAGUCUGGAUCCCCAAUCCAGAAAAGACGAGCGAUGCCAUGAGGGCCCUGUUGGGGGCCGAAACGCAGAACUGGCUAAGGCAGACCAUCCAUGGACUAUUUCAUGGAUCUUCAUAGAUUCUACCGAUAUGUUUGCUUGAGUUGAAUCAACAUUAAAUUGAACUUCCACUGAUGUUA